CUCUUCAACAUGGCCACCACAUCAUUACUUGAUCUGCCGGACGAACUUAUCCACAACAUCUUUGUCCAUCUGAACGCUUCGUCGGCCACCCACUUUGGACAAAGCUCGAAACGCCUAUACAAGAUCUCGAACACUACCUCAUUAUGGCGACACUGGUGCCGCGAAGGUUGGAAUUACUGGGAGGAGCAAGAUGGCAGGCCUGUCCCGGACUACAACCCUCAUUCGCAAACCGAGUGGAAACGCGCAUACGCCGACAAGGUCACCCAAGACCAGGAGGCCUUCGCUAUCUUCAAUGACCUUCUGAGCACUCAGCAGAAUCGAAUGGCGCGCAUGCACGAGAUUGUCGAACACUACUCAUACGAUGCCAAAGACAUGUUGGUGAGGCAGCUUGGCACGCCUGACGACGCCGAGGAUGUCCUCGCCCGCAGAUACUGGAGUGGUGUUGUUCUUGAGCUGCUUCAUCGCUUCAAAGCCGUGCAGAUAUGGGACAAGAUGCAGUGGCAGGACUACCCACCACUUGAAGAAGCCUUGGGCGCUUUCGACCUGUUCAUCCAAGGCAGCAGCAGCGACUUUGAACUGUCUAUCUUGAAGAAAGAGUUGGAUGACAUUGCACAUGCUAUCGAGUCCUCAGAUCUGGAAUGGCGCGAGAGGAACCAUACCGAGAAGGCGGUUGCCAUUUCCAAGUACCUGAGAGAACACAAUCUCGUGGGCUGCUCACCAGAUACUUUCAGCCUGAUGCGGUACCGAUUUCUCACCCACGUUUUGACACAUCCUACCGACAAAUCUUCUAUUCCUAUGCAGUCUGUCGUCAUCUUCUGCUGCGUGGCCAUGCGACUUGGACUGAAAGCCUGGCCUUGCAAUUUCCCAGGAAAGAUCCAUGCAGUCAUUGAAUCGCCAUACGGUCCGUCAAUCAAAGAUACACGUGCCUCACACAAACUUCCCGAGGGUGUCGUCUGGAUGAAUCCAUCUGACCACGACGAGAUCAUCACAGAGCAAGCAAUGCGAGACAUGCUCGAUCAAAUGCCACACUACAACACCCCGGAAAGUCAAUAUUCAUGCUUGACACGAGCUCACACUCGAGCUUUGGUGCUGAGAACUGGUGUUAACAUUAUCGGAUCCAUGCAAUUCCACAGACCAUCACCAGGCUGGGAGACUCCCAACAUCGCGUUCUGCGCACUGUGGAGUCUUAUCUCCAUGAGUCAGGUCGACGCUACGAAGAGUGCAGAGCUGUUCGUACGCCAUCAACAUUGGCUCAAGCAGAUAGUGAACUGGUUUGAGGGUUAUGUUCAGGAUGGGCUCUGGCUUGACGAUGCUGUACUCUUCGAGCGUUAUGUUCUGCCUCUGAUAGAUGGAGAGGAAGCAAAGGCCAGACUGUCGCAAAUCUUGCAACAGAUUCGAAUCGCAGACUCCAAUGCGAAUCCCAUCACUCCUCGUGACGAGCGUACACAUUUGGUCAAGUAUAAGGUCGGGCAGAUCUUCAGACACGUCCGCUACGGCUAUGUGGGUGCAAUCAUUGGGUGGGAUCCUAGCUGCCAGGCUGGCGAGUUUUGGAUUCAGAGCAUGCGAGUGGAAGAUCUUCCUCGAGGUCGUGAACAAAGCUUCUACCACAUAAUAUGCGAGGACGAAUCUCUACGCUACGUCGCCGAGGAGAAUAUCAUGGUACUCGCAGAAGAGCCGUCCGCCAACCUACUGAAACUUGCUGGUCGCUACUUCAAACGCUGGGACCAAGAGGACAAGGUCUUCGUCAGCAACAUCAAGGACGACAUCUCACAAGACUUGGCUUUAGUUGAGGAAGCAUCCAACUAUGGUCAGGAACUUGCUUCCACGGAGAAUGCUCCAGUCCCUGGCAGAGAAAGAGCUGUAGUGACUGGUUCUAUCUCGAUCCAUGGCAGUGACAAGACCAAAUGGUCACCUUCGCACUUCAUCGAUCUUGCACUCUGUAUGGGCGGUCCUGAGGCAGGCAAUCAAGCCGCUCGAGCCUUGAAAGUUUUUGGAGUCUGGAACCCUUCAGGCGAGUUCGAGCGAGGAUUCUCCAUGCACUCCAUCAAAAUAUGCCUCAAUCGCGAACAUAUCUUGCGUAAGAUCUGGCCAGAUGAUGUCAAAGAUCAAGAGGAAGUACUUGUUUGGGCAAAUCAUCACCGAACUUCGUCUGAUCCACCAAUUAAGGAUUUUGAGGAUGCUCACUCCCAUAUCUUGCGGCAGUGCAUCGGGGAAGACCUCAAGCUGUUCCCUCGCUUGGCUAGGAAAUACGAUAUUGGCGACGUUAGCAAGCGCAUGAUCUCGAAAGCAUACUUUGAUAGUACUCUGGCACCUAUUCUGCUGAAGCACUUCGAUGCAGAUGUGGAGCUUCCCCUCAUCUACAAAGCAGUUGAUAUCAGUCAAGACAAACUUGUCGACCGCAACCCCCUCAAGCAUGUUAUACCAGCCAAAAUACCCUCGGCACUACCUACUCCCUAUGCAAACAAGGGUUGGCCCCAGGAAAGGCCCCAGGAAAGGGUCAGACGCGACCAGCCAGUCCACCACAAAGGUUACAAUGACGACGGAGAUGACAGUGAGCCUGACUACCAAAAAGCCGCAAAGCCGAUCAAGACAGAACCUGGUGUCAAUAAAGACCCCGGCUUUGAUCAUCAGAGAGGAGUACGCGUGUGGAGCCCUAGAGAAACUCAGGCCUGUACUAGGAUCAUUAUGCAGACAUGUCUCGAGAGGCAGACUCCGAGACUUAGUUGUACCCUGGUCUCACAACGUCUGAGAGCUGAGCACAACUUUGUUCGUACACCGGAAUCUAUCGGUCGUAAAUGGUACGCAGAUCGGAGUCGCUGGCCACUUUUUCGAGAAUUGCCUCGAGGCCUCGGGUCCAACGAAGACAAGAAUACCAACAAGGAGAUUGCAAAGCAUCAGGAUCCUGGAAAGAACGCUGAUGGCGAAUAUUCUGAUGAUGCGGAAGACAAUGUGGGAGUUGACGUUGCAGAUGUCGCGGCAGACAACGAAACGAAUGAUGAGGCUAAAGGCGGGUUGGACAAUGGAACUGAAGCUGUACGAGUCCCGUCCGAAGCAUCGAUUAACGUGAGACCAACUCCCUCUCGCAGACAGUCUCAGACUGCGCAUGUUAUCAACGCCCACAAGCCAAUCACACGCGGUGCCAUAGAGUCCGAAGCUAGAGAGAAGCAAACUACCAACGAUCUCUACCAAAAGUCUCGCAACGUCCCAACAGAUCUACUUGAACGAUUCCUCCGAAGCAGCAACAGUCUAGCACUACACAGAAGCUGGAUGGAGGUCUUGGAGCAAAGAACAAAAAACGGAAUGAAACCUUCAGGACCAGAAGAUCGUCCACCCUACUCUGCUGACCAUUCCCUCAAUGUAUCGCCAACCACGAAGACCCCAGCAAUUCUGUUCUCUCUUCAAAAGCUCAAGCGGAUAUCGAUAAGGCUCAACCCUGAUCAAGCUAUGGCCGCGCCAUCUCUUUCGAUUACUUUUUUGCCCCAAACGAGAGAGAGAGAGAGAGAGAGAGAGAGAGAGAGAGAGAGAGAGAGAGAGAGAGAGAGAGAGAGAUUCAGCAAGGCAGAGGAUGCUGGUGAGAUCGACUAUACUGCUGUCGGUGAUAUCACCGAAAAGAAGACCGAUAUUGAUGACAACACCAAUGAUGUCGCUGGCCACGAUGAAAGCGCCAACGACGUCGUCGACAGCGAGGAAGAAGACCUCUACGGCUGCACCGACAAGGAAGACGCCAACGAUGUCGAUGACAACGACGAAGAGACACCCUGCAACAACACUCCUGAUGAACAACCCAUCAACGACGAUACCGACGAAGAAGAUGACUGGACCGAAGAAGGCAUUCGCAUCGCAGCAAUCAAAGAGCAACUCAAAGCCUCCCAACAAGAAGCCUGGGAAACCGAACGCGAUCUCGAAAGAUGGCAUACCGAGGAGCUGAUCGAAGUCAAGCGUCACCAUCAACAAGAACGCGAGCGCAUCGCCAAAGCAAACCAACAGCUGCUCGAGGCCCACAGACAAGAAGCCGACGACGACAUGGCCGCCGCCCUUCAAACAUUUGUGGACCAGCGCGACAAUCUGGAAAACAUCGCCUCCAGACACUACCACCGUGCCAACAAAGCCGAACAGGACAUCUUGGAAGCCGAGCAACAACACCAGGCUUGCAGAGAAGAAGCCUGGAGUCUCGAAUGCGCCGCCGAACAAGCACAUCGUGAGGAGCUGGACGAGUUGCAACGCAAGCACCUCGAAAACCUCAACGAGACCAAGAACAAGCACUUUCAAGAACACAGCAAAUUCGUCAGAAUCAUGAAAGCAAGCGAACAGAAACGCUGCCAGGAUGCCGCCACAAACGCCGAGCUCUGCGGAUCUGCCGCAGUGACGCUAUCUGCCGAAAUCAAGAAAGCCAACACCAUGAAGGCCAAGUUCGAGAAGAUGCUCGAGGACGCGAAGGCUCGCUACAACCAAGACAUGAGCAAAGAACGUGCGGAUUGCCGAUUGCUAGAAGACAGACUGGAAGACAUCAUGUACCACGACGACAUCCUCAAGCUUGUCGCGAUGGUGGCAAGUGCUGAAGAUACUAUCGAGGAUUUCAAGGAGGAGAAGCAAGACACCAGGGCUGCCCACGACCAAGAGAUGGCGAAACUCAAGGAGGAGCUCGAGAAAGUCAAGAAAGAGGGCGCCGAAUAUCUGUCCGAUCUCGAGUCUGAACUCGACGAGCAAUACGAGGCAAUGCAAGAUUUGAUCGAGGAAAGAGAAAAACUCUUGAUCGACAGAAUCAAAGCAAAGGAGGACACCGGCCGCUUCGAACAGAGUCUUGACACCGCAUCGGCUGAGGUGGCAAAGGUCGAGCAUGAAAAGUCUCAGCUUAUCUGCCAGGUGCAUGGAGCCAAAGCCAAAAUCGAGCAGCUUUACGACGAACUCAACGGAAUGUGCCAGGAGAAGCAAGGACUCAUCAUGGACCACGAGCACAAGAUGGACAAGGCAACGGAGACAGUUCAGCGCCUCGAACAGAGUCUUCACACUACGUCGGAAGUGCUGGAAGACCUCAAAGCCCACGAAUCGCGGCUUGCCGGGUGCUUGUGCAACAGUCAAACCGAGGUUGACGAGGCGCACGAAGCGAUGGAGGAGUUGAUCGAGGAAAAGGAUGAGCUCUUGAUUGAGAACUGCAAAGCAAAGGCAGAGAUCCAGCGUCUCGAACAGCGCCUGCGGGGUUUCGAAACUAGCCGCGAGCAGGAGAUGAGCAAAGAGAAGGAAGAGCGUCGCGAGCUGGAGAGCAAGAUUCGCGACGUUUUGGCCAAGUCGAGCGAGGCCAAGCAAGAGCAAAACGAGCUUCGUAACCGAUUCUGGGAGGCCAAAUACGAGAUUGAGGAGCUGAAGGAAAGAGAACAGGAAAGGGAGCAGGAGAGGCAGAUGGAAAUGAGCAAAGCGAAGGAAGAGCGUUGCGAGCUGGAGGGCAAGAUUCGCGAUGUGCUGACCAAGUCGAGCGAGGCCAAGCAAGAAGACAAUGAGCUUAGUAACCGGUUCAAGGAGGCCAGAUGCGAGAUUGAGGAAUUGAAGAAGAGGGAGCAAGAGUUGAAAAGGCAGAAGGACGCUGAGCGUCAGAUGUUCGAGAGAAGCCUUUUUAGCAUGCGCAAUCUGCUGCAAAAGGUUUAG